GCGAACGUUCUGCGUACCUCUCUCCUUAACAUCUUUCCUCGUCGUCCCCUAAUCCAACAGAGAUGGCCAUGCUACCGCCGGGCACGACGCCCGUAUUUGUUAUGAACGCUGCGCCUGAACGACAGAGCGGUCGGAAGGCACAAAUUUCCAACAUCACAGCUGCCAAGACUGUUGCAGACGUGAUCCGGACAUGUCUGGGUCCAAAGGCAAUGCUCAAGAUGAUUCUCGAUCCGAUGGGCGGUAUCCUGUUGACAAAUGAUGGGAAUGCUAUUUUACGAGAGAUUGAUGUUGCUCACCCGGCUGCGAAGAACAUGAUUGAGCUCAGCCGGACACAGGAUGAGGAGGUUGGUGAUGGAACCACAAGUGUCAUUAUCUUAGCUGGAGAGAUCCUCGCCCUGUCGCUCCCUUUGCUUGAACGGAACAUCCAUCCUGUCGUCAUCAUCUCUGCCUUCAACCGUGCCCUCAAGGAUGCACUCAGCUUCAUUGAUACCAUAGCACAGGCAGUAGACACAUCUUCGGAUGAGACCAUGCUAGCGGUUAUCAAGACUUCCAUAGGCACCAAGUUUGUCAGUCGCUGGUCCGAUCUCAUGUGCAAAUUGGCGUUACAAUCUGUCCGUACUGUAUGGACGGAGGAAGAUGGUUCGAAGACCGUGGAUAUCAAGCGAUAUGUCCGCGUCGAGAAGGUACCAGGAGGCGAGAUUGAGGAGAGCAAGGUUCUCGACGGUGUUAUGCUGAACAAAGACGUCACCCAUCCUCAUAUGCGACGACGAAUCGAGAACCCUCGCAUCAUUCUACUUGACUGUAACUUGGAGUACAAAAAGGGAGAGUCCCAAACAAACAUGGAGAUCGUGAAGGAGGAACAUUGGGCACGCGCCCAAGACAUCGAGGAGAAGCAGGUGGAUCUCAUGUGCGAGAAGAUCUUGUCCUUCAAGCCUGAUCUGGUCAUUACGGAGAAGGGAUGCUCUGAUCGUGCACAACAAAACUUCAUGCGCGCUAAUGUCACUGCUCUGCGUCGCGUACGGAAGAUGGACAACAACCGUAUUGCUCGUGCAACUGGUGCAACAAUCAUCAAUCGUGUUGAGGAUUUGAGGGAUGAAGAUGUCGGCACUAAAUGUGGCCUAUUUCAUAUUGAGAAAAUCGGCGACGAGUACUUCACCUUCCUCACUAAGUGUGAGAAGCCAAAAGCAUGCACCAUCCUUCUGCGUGGUCCAUCCAAGGACAUUCUCAAUGAGAUCGACCGGAAUCUUGCGGAUGCUAUGUCUGUUGCUCGAAAUGUGGCGUUCAAUCCUCGUCUGGUGCCUGGGGGUGGAGCAACCGAGAUGGCAAUCAGCGUAGAACUCGCGAAACGCUCGAAGACUAUCGAGGGUGUGGAAGGCUGGCCGUACCGGGUUGUUGCGGACGCGAUGGAAGUUAUCCCUCGCACAUUAGUGCAGAACGCUGGCGCCAACGCGAUCCGUGUAUUGACAGAGCUCAGAGCCAAGCAUGCGACUGGAGAGCACCUUUGGGGAAUCAAUGGCGAAACUGGAAAGAUCGAGGAUAUGAAGAAGUAUGGGCUAAUGGAGUCGGCGAGCGUGAAGAUUCAAACGCUCAAAACAGCCAUCGAAGCUGCUCGUGUACUCCUCCGCGUGGAUGAUAUUGUGCAGGCCAAACGGGCCGAUCGGGAUGCCGGGGGUCAGGCAGCCCCUCCUCCGGAAGAUAUGCAGGGUGCGAUGGAGGGUUGA